AAAUUGGCAACAGUGCAAAUCUAACCAAACUUUUUUCUUUUUAAACUUAAUUUUUUUCUUAAAUAAAAAACAUUUAUUAUUCAUAACAAUGCGUGGGUGAAUAAAACAAUGAGAAAUAAGUGAAAAACUAGAGCUUGGAAACUAACUAGGAUUCUUUAAGUAUUACAAACAAAUAAAAACCUCAAGAUAUUUAUGUUCAGUAUGUAAUAACAUGGUCCAUUUUUACACCAAACUUAAUUUUAUUAUUGGAAUUGCACUAGGAGUAUUGCUAGCUGUAUAUUUUCAGCAGUUUAAGAUAAAUGGUGGCCAGAAGUCAAGAAAAAAUGAUUUUUUAUAUCAAAAAUGGUUUAAAAAAGAAAAACUGUCCAGAACUAAGAUUGCUUGGGAUGGAUUACGUUAUUCAAACAAAUCUUAUUAUUUGGAGUCCGAAUAUUUAUAUAAUAAAGUAACAAUUCUUUGUAUAAUAUUUGUGAAACAUCAAAAAUACUUGGAAGCUGCUAAAAAUACAUGGAUAAAAGGCUGUAACACUAUAAAACCCAUAGUAACAGAAACACAAAAUAAGAUUAUGCCUAGAAAGCAAUCUAAAGAUAAAUCUUCGUGGGCUUUACUAUGUAAUGUAUUAAAAUCAAGAGAAAUUUCAACUUUUCAUUGGGUUUUGAUAGUGAGAGAUACGACAUUUGUAAUUAUGGAAAAUCUGAGAUUAUUACUAGCACCAUUGAACAGUAAGAAGGAGCAUUAUUUUGGACAUGUGGCUAAGUUUUGGGGUGUAAAUUAUAACACAGGCGAUGCUGGCUAUGUUCUAAGCGAUGGUGCUUUAGCAUCGUUUCAGAAAAGCAUUGGCAACGAAAAAUGCUUAGAAAAUAGUUAUUGGAACAGAGAAGACUAUUAUUUAGGGAAAUAUUUAAAAUCCUUAAAUAUCACACCAAUCAAUGUAAUUGACGAGGAAUCAUUGUCAAUGUUUCAUCCGUACAGUUGGUAUCAUGCUUUCUUUCCAGGGGAGGGAUAUUUUAAAAACAGUGCUUACCCCUAUAAUUGCUGUAGUAAAAAAUCUAUAUCAUUUCAGGCUGUAGAAGGUGAAAAAAUGUACACCUACAAUUAUUUACUGUACAAAUUACAAAUUUUUUCAACUGGUACAAAAGGAAAUGUUAAAAGAAAUGUAUCAGAAAUUGAGGAUAAAAAGGUAUGGAAAAAGUUUUUGAAGGAGAGAUCAAUUAUUGAUGAAAAUAUUAGUAGUGAUGAUUAUUACAAAUUGUGGGAAAAUUUAAUACAUGAUCCCAAUUCUUUUGCACAGAACAUGAAAAAGGAGAAUUUGUUUGACUAAUAGUUGGAUGGUUGUGAUAUUUUUUUACUAAUAGAUAUUUUUUUUACUAUUUUUAACAUAUUUUUUAUAUAAAAAAACAUUAAAUGAAUAAUAUAUUUCUAUUUUUUUUUAUUAUUUCGCGGUAUAAUAUCCAAUAGGUUGAUUUAGAUAUACAGGGUGUCUCAAGCUGAGCCUGCAUUAGAAGUAUCUAGAGAACUACAAUAUCUAGUUUGGAGAUUUUUUGCACAUCAUUGUUUCACAA